AUGGAAGCAACAGUGAUUCCCAAUCCUAAGGACUCAAAUGCGACGAUUCUUCUUAUGGGUCUCAGGCGAGGUGGCAAGUCUUCUAUAUGCAAGGUUGUUUUCCACAACAUGCAACCAUUGGACACAUUGUACUUAGAGUCCACAUCAAAGCCGACAAACGAACAAUUCUCUUCGCUAAUUGAUUUGUCAGUGAUGGAACUACCAGGUCAACUAAAUUACUUUGAGCCUAAUUACGACUCAGAACGAUUAUUUUCAUCCGUGGGAGCUUUAGUGUAUGUGAUUGACUCUCAGGAUGAGUAUCUAAAUGCCUUGACCAACUUAUCAAUGAUUAUUGACUUUGCAUAUCGCGUCAACCCCAAAAUCAACAUCGAAGUACUAAUCCACAAGGUCGAUGGUUUAAGUGAAGAUUACAGAAUGGAUGCACAACAGGAUAUAAUGCAACGUACGGGAGACGAGUUAUUGGACUUGGGUCUAGAAGGUGUCUCUGUCAGCUUCUAUUUGACAUCUAUUUUCGACCAUUCUAUAUAUGAAGCAUUCUCGCGAAUUGUGCAGAGGCUAAUACCGGAGUUGCCCUCCUUAGAGCACAUGUUGGACAAUUUGGUCCAGCACUCAAACAUUGACAAGGUAUUUUUGUUUGACGUCAACUCAAAAAUAUAUGUAGCAACAGAUUCGCUGCCGGUGGAUAUUAAGACUUAUGAAGUUUGUGCUGAGUUUAUUGAUAUCACCAUUGAUUUGGACGAUUUGUAUAUUGAAAACGAGAGUCUGCAAGAGAAGUCUACCAACAGGGCAAGAAAGAAUAAUUACGACGACGCCACAACCAACAAUAUAAACCCAAAUUUAAACAGAAACACAAAUAAUGGCGAGAUGAAAGAGUUGAAGUCAAUCAGUCAUUUAUCGAAUGGGUCAAUAUUAUACCUAAAACAAAUGAUCAGAGGUCUUGCAUUGGUCGCACUAAUACGAAAUGAGUCUAUUGGAAACGACGAACACGAGCUAGCGAGUUACAAUGCCACAUCUGAAAAGUCAAUUGCUAUCGUAGAUUAUAAUGUGAACUUGUUCAAAGAAUCAUUGAUGAAAAUGUGGGAGAGCUCAAGGUUUAUACAGAACAGUACAGUUCGCUCAUAA